CAGACAUCCGUUGGCCCAUCCCGAAGCAUGGAUCUUCUGGCAUCACAUGCCCGGCCGUUCUCCCCUUUCAAGAUGUACAAGGUCACGCUGGUAGAUCACACCGACUGGGACGACGACACGCUGAACAGCGAACUCGCCAGGGAUAUUGGCGCUCGCAAUCGGUCGCCCGACCAGUACAUCGAAGUCGGCCGGAGAUGGGCAACAGUGAAACCGCUCAUCCAGAGAAGGUUCAAUCAGAGGAACAAGUACCAUGAUAUCGAGGACGUGCAUUCUCCCGGUUGGAGUCUACAUACACGCCAAUGGGUCUCUGAACAGGUCGAGGAUGGUGAACGGAGACGUUUGAUGCGAGACAGUGCGGCUCGAUACCGGGACAACUUUCUCAAGCUCGAAUUCGUAUCCCAGUCCGAGGAGCUCGUGAAAAAGGUUCAAGAUACGGCCGAAUGGCUCGCUGGAAGACCGUGUGAACUGAAAGACAUCAUCGACUUUUUGGCACGCGUCGCAUCGGAUCCUCGCAAGAGGACCGAACAUUACGAUCGUCUCUACGGGGACGUGAAGCCUCACAUCGAGUACCAAAGCUAUGAACAACACUUGGAAGAUAGAGAUCUCUUGACGGGAAAGUUUGUCAACCUGAUGAAAGCCAUCCGCGACCGGGUGCAUGGCACGAAGGGGAAUACCACCUUGGAUAUCCGUUCGAACAGGCGUCGACCGAUCCGGCCGAAUGUGAGCACGGUCUUUCAUGAAGGACGAGACGACGGAUUCGACGGAUAUCUUUCCAAGCCUGAUAUCGUCAUGAUCAAGACCAACGACGAACCUCCGAAGCCCGAUUCCGAAGAUGAUAGCUACGAGACGUGGGAACACGUCGUCCUAGCGGCACAGGUAAGGCUCGACAAACAGGACGACAUGCGGGCGGAGGCCGAGUUUGAAAUGCAGUGGGAUAUCGUACCCCAAAUGCUCGAUGAUCAGAGGUUUCUCCUUCGACACCGCCCGGUAACGAGAACGACGUAUACGUUUACCCUCGCUGGUCCAUGUCUCCGUUUUUGGGAAUUCGACCCUAAGACUUUUGCCUCCUCGCGGAUGUACCGUCUGGACGACCCUGAACACGCCAAGGAUAUAGUGGACAUUGUCGCUUUCCUCACCGAUCCGGAGGCUCCGUUUCAUGAUCGUUGGAUUCCCGAUCGCGGCGGUGUUAUGAUCAGGCCUUUUGAUCAAGAAGCUACGCAGAGCUGGACCUGGACCGACCGUGAAUCGCCUUACAAAUACCUGUGCAUACGUCAAGCUCUUUUCGAUUCCAGGACGGUGGUUUUCGCGGGGAAAGCUAAACGAGAGGACUCGGACGACGAGCCGACGGACGUCAUCGUCAAAGCCUGGUGGACAUAUCGCGAGGUGGAAGACUACGAGUUGAAGAUGCUCGACCAUCUACACAACGGGGAACCGCAGUUGGAAUUCGAUCCGAGUCAUACCGACCCGGUUCCUAUGGAUAUCAUCGACCCAAAGGUCAUAGCCUGUCUCCCCAGAGCGCUCGGUGUCGUACAGGUCGAACAGGUCGAUCCUGAAGUUUGGAAGACGCGGACGCGUGGGACACCUCGUUCACUCUGCAUCAUGGCAACAAGCGGACCGUUGGGCUGGAACAUGCCGACUGAAGCGGAUACCGUCUUUUCUUGCAACGGAAGAGAGGUCGUCCUAGGGCUUCGGCACUACGGUCAGAUCUUGCUCGGCGUGUGCGAGUCAUUGUGGUACGCGGCGAUCAAGGGUGUUCAUCAUCGAGAUAUCAGUCUAGGGAAUAUCAUGUGGACCUGGAUCGAAGAAGUCCCAGGGGAUCCUAGUUCCGGCCGAGCUGUCGGGUAUCUCGUCGAUUACGGAAUCGCGCGGUACCGUGACAACCCUCGGUUCAAGUACGAAUACGAGGACGAGAACGAGAUUGAUAACCAGGGCAACCUUGAAUUUGAUAUGCAGGACGACUGGGACUCGUACGUCUUGACACUAGACGACAGUCGGUCGGGAACUCCGGUCUUCUCCAGCGUUCAUACGGUGAGAACGAAGGCCUUUGUUGAGUGGUACCCAGGAGACAAGAAGAGCCUCGUGGACGCGGCCAAGUCCGAUUACGAGCUCCGGAAAACGAUAUCCAAGGAAAAUUACCAGCAGACCCUUCUAGGAUUAAAAGUGGAUUCGCAUCGGUAUAUCGACGACCUGGAAUCGGUGGUGUAUGUCUUUCUCCUACAGAUGAGCUGGAUUUCCGGCAUCGACGACGACAAGGCCUCCGUGUUGGAAGGCUUAAAGGACAAGGCCGACAAGGAGACAUUGUGGAGAUCCAUGAGCGUCGUCUAUGGGCUAGGCUGUGGAUAUGAUUGGAGCGAAAUGAAAUGGAACCUAGCUUAUACCAUCAGGAACGCUCGAGAGGACCUUACUAGACCUCAACAACAACAACAACAAGAAAAUACUGCGAGGAGAUCUGCGAGGAGAUUCCCCCCGGAGCCAGGGAUCCCCCCUCUGGUCGGGUUGACAAAGAUCGAGAAUCAGUGUUUCGCGGCCUGCAUCGAGGUGAUCAAGCGAGCUUUGGAAAAGUUGCCCGAAGAUGCGGUCAAGGGUGAUCGCCGUUGAGGUCGUUCCCAGGCGGGUGUAUGAGUACAAUGGCACAGUAGGAGGCGGCGAUAAUAACGAUACCGGGCCUUGUUGAAGGCAGGCAAGGAGGAUGACGCAUUUAUAGCUGUUUGAUGAGAGAACACGACUGGCACGACGAUCAUACCCUCAUAUCUGCCAAGGCAUGGGCAAUAAUCAGGCUGUUCAAUCUUGUGACUCCAUGGCGUUGUUCCGAUGUCGUUCUUGUACUGCCGAUCAGGUCCCUAGGGAAUCUCCGUCCGAUGACACGCUCUACGCUCUGA